UCCAUCUAUAUAUACAAGUGCAUUAUCCACACCGCAGCCAAGGCAUUCUCACAUCCUCCUCUAAUAGCAAAUCCUAGCAUUCUAGUUUCUAGUCUUCUCUGAUCUUCCUCGUACUCCAAAUUACUAUUGGAAAUGACUAUCCGUGUGCCUGGAAUUAUGCACGCUAGGCGUAUUCUUCGUCAAUCUAAACUGUUUGCAAAUCAAGCAGCCUCCACCUCAUCGGAUGUUCCCAAAGGAUUCGUUGCAGUUUAUGUUGGGGAUAGCCAAAAGAAGCGAUUUGUAGUUCCAAUUUCAGUCUUGAAUCAGCCUUCAUUUCAGAAAUUGUUAAGUAUUGCUGAGGAAGAAUUCGGAUACAAUCAUCCUAUGGGUGGUCUCACAAUUCCUUGCAGAGAAGAAGUCUUCAUUGAUCUGACUUCCCGCUUGCAUGAGCUUGCUACAGCUAAAAUUAAGUAACCAACAGAUACAAUUUUUUUGUCCAUUGAUGUACAUACUUCUGUUUCUUUGGCAGAAAGAGAUGAUGAGCAAAUGUAUACCCUUCUGACAAAUCUUUUUAAUACAACUUACAGUGGUUCAAUUAUCAAA